UUGCAUGACAAAUUCAACACCGUGUAGAAUCAAUUAUUUGUUGACUGUCAUUAAUAUGUACUUUAAUUCUCCUUGUAUACUUUUUAUAAAAAUGUGUUACAUAAUUCCAAUGUUUUCUAUACUUUCACAUUUGAAAUGUAGCAUCAGCUAAAACUCUUGAAUAACAAUAUGGUGAAAAUAUUUUACCCUCUAAAGUAAUAGCAAUUGCAUAUUUCUAUAUAACUUGACUGUCAGAAUACUGGAAACAGGUUUGUUGUUUCUUUGAUUUUUGCUUGUCUUAGGAACUUAAUUCGAUCCUAGAUACAACACAGUUGCUUUUGCCCUGUUUAUUAAAAUGUUUUCCCUUUAAGAAUAUUCUCAGUUUUUAUCUGCCUAUUUGUAAUAAUCAUUGAAUUUGAAAAUGACUUUAUAAGCUAAUGACAUUUUUUUCAUUUUUUGCAUGUUUGCAUGUUUUGCUUUCUUUAGAACUUGCUAUUUUUCUACAUUAGUUGGUGAGAACACAGGCUUAGCUGGAUGUCCUGACUGUGCAGCUAACCUGAUAUUCAGCCUUGUUGAAGCUAUAUAGCUGCUCUGUGACUUAGUUUUCUCAUCUGCAAGUGGGGGUAUUAGCAGUAUCUAACUUUUUGUGUUAUUUUGUGAAUUAAAAGAGCAUAAAUAUGCAUAAAUAUGGAGAAUAGGGCCUCAUACAAUUUAAGCACUCACUAGAUGUUGGCCUUGAUAAUUUUCUGCAUAUAUUUAAUGAGAUUCUCUCAUUCUUCCACUCAGAAGAGACUGCUGAGCACAUACUCUGCUUCAGGCUUUAUCCCAGGCACUAGAUGCAGAACAUGAACAGCAACAGCAACAACAAAAAAUAGACAUUUCUGUCCUCAUGGAGCUUAUUUAUAUUUUAGAGGCAAAAAGAAGAAUAAGAAACAUGAAUAAAAUACAGUUAGAAUUCCUGCAAGGCUCUCAGUUUGGUCACAGAUAGUAGAGAGAAAUGGAUUCUGUUUGGAAUUAUUAGAGAGAACAUUAUCUUGAAGGGUAAGAAUUCAAUCACAGGCACUAUUGUCACAGAUUGCUUUGUCUCUAGUUUUCUGCACAGCUGUUUAAAACCUAGAUCCCUAAACGCUGGAGACUCUUCCCAAUGUUAUAUCAUAAUGGGAUGUUUUCUUUGGUGAGUUUAGAGGAGGCUGUGGUGGAACCUAUGAGAAUUAUUAUCUGGAAAAGAGGCCCCUGGAGCACUCUGUUGGACAUUGCUCACCAUGGUAUGGUUGCCUAACAAGCAGAAUGGAGGGUUUAGUCUCCCUUGGAGGACAUUCAGGAAAAGACCAUGUGCUCAGGAAUUAGGGGAAUGGCUAGCUCUCUGUAACCUACAAACCUGGGGGACACCAUCCCUAUGUAGGCUCUCAAAGGAGAAGUGAAAGGCCCCAGGCAUUUGAAAGCAACUUAAAUGGCCAUUUUUUCCCAUGAGUUAUUUUCAAUGAAUGUUUUUUAACAUGUCCAUUUUUUGAAAUGAAGCCAUUAGCAAGGCUAUAGGUGAUAGGAGAGGAUGCCACUGGUAAUCAAUAAGGGGAGAUGCUUGUAUUCUAAUUAACUGAGGGUGUGUUAAUUUUCCUUAUAAUAAUCAUCUAUCUGGUAAUUGCUAAUCAGAGGACUUGGGAUCAUGUCUCUCUGUCAAUUGCUCAGGUAAAGUUACUUGGAUCAGAAGGACAACCAACUGCUGAUAUUAGCUUCAUUUGCACUGUCCUGCAUCAGGUGAAUAGUGAAGAUUAAACUUAUCCUAAUAUUCACAUCAUUUUCAGACACUGCAACAAAUUUCCUGAUGCAUCCACUGUGAUUUAGAGCUUAGCAAAUGGGAGUUCUGCCAACACCGAGCAGCAUGUUUUAUGAUUGGGUUAAAGCUAAGAUGAUUUCAAGUCUGGUUUUAUUUUGUGUCCUAUAAGAUUAUAACUUCCUGGGUUAGUAAAAUAUAAGCAACAGUUCCAGAAAUUAUGGCCCGUUCCAUUCAACACAGGCGCUCAGAAAGGCAAUUGCCUUUACAAUCUUUAUGUAAUCCAGUAAAGGAAAGAAAUGUAAGAUAGCAGCAGAGUUUAAAGGAAAAUAUGUGACCUUACACAUUUAUAUCUGUCUUCAUUCACUCCAAAACAUUCACAGUACUCAAAAUCUCCAAAAUAUGACACAAGCAGAUGCAUAAAUUAUUGAAAUAGAUGUAGUGAUACAUUCAACAGAGAUGGGUUCAAGGUAUUGUAGGAAUUUAGAGGAAAGGAUGAAGCAAAUUUGGUAGAGGGAAGAAGGCAAGGAAGGCUUAAGGACAAGGGGAUAUUUGGACUAUAUUUUGAAAGAUAAAGACUAUUAAAAUAUAUUUAAUAUAAUAUGUGUAUAUAUGUAUACACACAUAUAUAAUGAAUAUGCUAACAAAGUUAUGUGGGGGGGAUUAAAUUUUUAAGAUUUGCAUUAUUUCUUUUUGCUUGUAUGUAGUUUGCAAGUCUUUUUUUAAAAUUACACUGAGAUGAGUACUUAGUUUUUGAGAAGGUAGAAAAGAGCAUUUCAGAUAGAGGGAUCAUCAUAUCCAUAUUAUCCAAGGAAAUUAAUAUUAUGCUCCUUUGGGAAAACCAAGAGAACCCUGAUGAAGCUGGGUAAUAGGGUUCAUGUGAAGUGAAUACAGUCUCAAUAGAUUAACUAAUUGUUUGGAAGAGCUUUCGCCACAUCUCCAACCUUGGACAGGUAGAUGUGAUGGGGGAAGGGCAUGAAUCACUCAACCUCCUCUUCAUUUGAACAAAACAUGUGGGAACAUCAAUUAAAAUAAACUUAGAAAUGUCAUAACACAAAUUUCCUUUGGAAUGCUAAAGAAGAAAAUUUAAGGGAUGGUUUCUUUUAGAUGGUAUAAUUACAAUCAAAUGCCUUUUAAAAUUGUCACUAUCAGAAUAGGAAAUGAUCUAACUUUGAAUUUUCAAAGUUCUUUUACAUAAUUUGGCUUGUUUCAUCAUCACUACAACUAUAAUGGAAGAAACCUAUAAGAAACGCUAACUAUCCAGAGGUAGUUUUGGGUUUACACACAGUGUCUUAUAUUUAUAACGUUACUCAUUAUUACAUUAUAAUUUGUCAGAUUUAUGUGAUAUCCUAUGUGUAACCAGUUGUAAGUUGGUAAACCAGCUCUCAAAAGCAAGAAAGCAAACAAAAACCCUGAUUUGUAUUAUUUGCUGAUUUCCCUGGUAUAUAUAUUCCCACCAGGGCCAGUGUCAAGCUAUCAACAGUUCAACAACUAGCUAAUAAAAUUUCUGAAUAGUUAACAAUUGGCUCUCCUGAGCUGGUAUGAGCUGGCUCCAACAUAGCUUUGUAUGGAGGCACAUAUUAGUGGCAGUAUUAUUCAUAAUAAAUAACAUUAUUGGAGUGCCCACUGUGUGCCAGACACUGUGCUGAGAGCUUCGUAGACUUCUUUUUGUAUAUAUAUCUCACAGCCCAAUGAAGAAGGAGUUAUUACUGUCUCCAUUUUUAGAUGAGGAACUGUGGUUUAAGAGUGGUUAAGUAACUGACCACAAGUUAUACAAUAAGUUAUAUAUUAAAAAGGCAGAGUCAGGAUUUGAAUUGACUGUAGGGAAAUAUUGGCCAAUUACUAUAAACUUUUCCUGUAUACAAGAUCACAUACAGGACAGAAGUGUUAAGAGCAACUUGUCUUGUGUGUGUGGGGGGGGAGGUGUGGUUGUUUAUAAGAAGGGGGAAAAGAAAGAAGGAAGGAAGGAAGGAUAAAAGGAAGGAGGGAGGGAGGCAAAAAACAAGACAAAACUCUCAGCUUUGCUAGCCUAACUAUGUACACAAAGAGAUUCAAGAGGUAUAUGGUGAGAGGAUUUGUAAAUUGUCCAUUGAUGAGCCUGACCCAUCCCUUAUAGGAAGAAAUGAAACAACAAAGGCCAUAUCCUUCAAGGCAUCUGUGGCAACCCGUGGCCUGAGCAAAGCAGGCCUGCAGAUCUUUGGUGCACAGCAGUCUGCAUGCCCUAGGCAACUAAAUGUUUAACUUAUUGUCUUUGUAAGCCAGUAAGGAGAAAAAGGGUAAAUUGACCUUCAAAUGUAACUUUAUGCAAGCAGGCAGGAAGUGAGAGGCUCUUAGUCUCACAAAAAGAGCAAAAUGUAAUUGUUCAAGUGUUAUUCUAGUCCUUCCUGCACCACCCCCCAGGUCAGAGUGACCUAUUCCUGCAUCUAUGUUCCCCCCACCCUUAGGAAGGCCUUUGUCUUAAACCCUUACAAAAGACUUCCUGUCCUUUUUGUGUCACUUGGUCAUCUUCCCUGUGAACGCGAUGCCUCCCUGGCCUGAGAGAGCCGUCAUGACCGCUCCACGACUUCUCACCCUAAGGAUCUUGAAGGAUGGAAUGAAAUUUUCCCCGCCUCAUCUUAUUACUUGUUUCUGCAUUAAGGAGAGUCUGAGACUAAAAGUUGUACUGGAAAGCAACUCAAUUCCACAAAAAUCAGAAGGAAGCAUUCAAUUGGAAUUCAGAACACAAUGACCCAGCCCUGCAAUACCAACUCUGAGAACACUACAAACCAUUUUGUGCAAUAACAUCAGAGCAUUGGACAGAUUUGUGAUUCAACAUACCUGCUUCCCCAUAACCAAGAUCACAUUGACAGAGGUAAACUAGUAGGACCUUAGAAGUUGCUUUCAUAUGAAGAGAUUUAAAGACUGCUUGUUCUGCAUUGCACCUUGGGUUCUAAAUAUGAUCUUCACUUACAUUUUGCAAACAGGAGAAAAUGGAAAUGCCUGAAGUCCUGAACAUAAUGAAUCCACUGAAAAAUGUUGGCUUCUUAGAUGAAUUCCAAUUAGAAAGGAAUAGAGAUUUAGACUUCUGAGGAAACUGCUGACUUAAGAACGUGCAAACACGCCGGCCCAGAGGAGGGUGCAGGACAGCCGGGAGCGCACCCACAAGGAGCGGGCUUUGGCGAAGCUCUUGGAGCUCCUGGUGCCGGCCGUGCAGGAGGGUGACCGAGUCUACGUGACAAACUUGCUAAUAAAUUACCGGGGCUUCCUCUCCAUUGAAGAAGUCCUCGACCAGGUUUCCAAAAGAUAUGCAGAUAACUGCAGUUUUGGUGAUGGGGAUGGAGGUGGCCAGGAAGGCUUCAAAAACUCCAUCUCCUGCCUCCUGCUCACCUGGCUGGAAGAGCUCCCGAGUGAUUUCUGCCAGCACCCAGGUGUUCCCUGCCUCAAACAGCUGGUGGCAUUUGCGCAGGUCGCCCUGCCUGGGUCUGCCCUGGAGAGGCGUGCUCAGGACCUCCUUUCUCAGCUGGAGCCCACGGAGCCCAGUGAGACCGAGACAGAGGCUCCCGUGUCAGACCCAGAGGUGAAAACCAGUGCAGUGCCCCCUCCAGAGCCAGUUCCAUCGAUGGCACCAGACAUCAUACCAGCUCCAGAGGCGGAGGCACCUGUGGCACUGCCUCCAGUGCUGCAUGCAGUGGGAGAGCCACUGCAGGCUCGAGAACUCCAGCCUCCUACUCCUGCAAUGUUCAUCCCACCUCUGGAGUUGGAGGCAACGCUGAAGCCACCUGCUGUGCCAUCUCCAGAAGUUGCAACAUCACCUGCUGCAGCAUCACUGACAGAGCUGCCAGUAGCUCUGAGGCCACCUCUACUGCCAGAGGUCGAGGCAUUUAUGGCAUCUGAUGUGGAGCCAUCCUCCUCACCAGCAGACUCACCAUCGCCAGAGCUGGAGGCAGCUCCGUUGCCACCUCCGGAGGUGAUGCCCUUCCCCACUGAGGAGCUGGAGCCAGUUAACUCAAUACCAGCAGCCUCAGCUCCACAGCAGGAAGUGGCUCCUGUGUCCCCCAUACUGCCACUUUCUGACCCAGCACCAGUGCCACCUCUGGACAUAGCACCUGUUAACUCACCAACCGUGGUCACAGCUGCAGAGCAGGAGGAAAUACUCAUGUCACCUGCAACGCCACUGGCAGAGCUGAAUUCACCACCAGCUCUUGCUGCACCACCAGAGCCUUCCUGCUGCUCCCCUGCGAGCCUGGAGCACGGUCUGAAGGAGGUGAAGUCCCCCCUCUCUGAGGACCCUCCCAGGCUGGUGGCCAAACAGAAGACACUGAUGCAGGUGGGAGACCAGGUCAUGCCGAGGAUCCAGCACCUCCAGGCGGGAUCCAGCGAGACCCACUUUCGACCCGUGGAGCAACUUGGGGCCUCUUCUGGGGACAUGGAACAGCUCAGCAAGGCCGAGUGCCCUCAGGAACCCAGUGCCAAGCCCAGCACUAGCAGCAACACAGAGUCGAGUGCCCAGCUCCAGAGUGGCCCUGACUGCAGCAGUGGGGAUGCAGCUACCUCAUUCCCUGGACACGUGGCUGACACCUCGAAGCCAGAUCUCGAGAUAGGAAUGGCCCUUGUCACCGGAUGCCCUGAUGGCCAGGAGAAGCAGGUUGGGGAGUUGACCUUCCUGUCAUCUCUGGAGUCACCUGGUGUCACCUCAACAUCCAGUGGCACCACCUCCUCCUCAGCCUGCCCCCUGCCCAGGGCCCCUCUGAGCAACCAGAGACCCUCGGCCUUGCCAAUUUAUAACGAGCAGGUGGGCAGCUGCUGCAUAGUCCGAGUCAGACUGGACAUGGACAACGGAAAUAUUUACAAAAGCAUGUUGCUGACCUGCCAAGACAGGGCACAGGCCUUUAUCCGCAAAGCCCUGGAGGAGCAUAACCUGGAGGAAGAAGAUCCGGAGGACUACAUGCUGGUGCAAAUUGUUUCACAGAAAAGAAGGCUGAAGAUUCCAGACUGGGUGAAUGUGUUCUAUGCCAUGGACUCUUCAGGCAACUAUGAUUUGCUCCUGACUAAGAAAACCUCUGCCAAGGGGAAGAAAGGGAAAAAGGGAGGCCUGUCCACCCUUUUUCAGAGGAAGAAGAAGUGAGGCAGCUUCUCACUGGCCCUGACAGCUGCCAGCCUCAGGGUCAUCUUCCCACGUGUAGCUGGUUGGGUGACUUCACCGUGCCAGGUGGGCACUUCCCUCCCCACCAGCCAGCUGAGCCCUCCCUGCCCUGACUCUAGUUUCAGCCCUGAACCUCUCCUCCUGCUGGCAUCUCCCUGCCCCUGACAGCCUGACCCAGACUCCUGUGGACCACUCGCUGCACCCUCCUCGGGCCAUGGGUCCCCACACAUGACCUUCCCUGGGGCUCCUGCCCUGCCUCACCCCACCGCAGUGUUCCUCAGGCUGCACCAAACAUUCCGCCAUCAGGACCUCCCAGGAGUGAGGCUUCUCCUCCCACUUAUCCCAGGCCCUCAUCCCGGGGAUUGGAGAGGCCUCUUCACUCCGUAAGGCUUCGCCCACUGAGGGAGGAAGCACCCAGCCGGGUGCCACAGACCUCAAAUCUCUAGCCAUGCAAGGGCCAUGCACCACUGCUUCCGGGGCUUUAUGAGACUCGUGGAGAUGUUGUUAGUGGGCGGGCGUAUCGGUGAGGAUCAGACAAUUAUUGAAUUUUUGUAUAUUGGGCAGAAAAUAUAUACCUAUUGGAGAGGGGUAAUUUUUUUUUUGUAUAUAGGAAA